CUCCGAUGACGUCAACUUCCUGCGCAUGCUUUUGAUGACAAUCGAUCCUCCCUCACAAAUGGCAGCCGAAGUUGUCUUUUGAACCGAAGUCAAUCGAAAAACGGAUAAAUAUGUCGAUGACGGGAAACGAUGGAAUGGGAUAUCUUAUCCCGAUCGUAAAUAAAUUACAGGAUGCCUUUACUAAACUGGGAGUUAGCUUGACCCUCGAUUUACCUCAAAUCGCCGUCGUCGGUGGACAGAGUGCGGGCAAGAGUAGUGUUUUGGAAAACUUUGUCGGAAGAGAUUUCUUACCAAGAGGAUCUGGCAUUGUAACAAGACGUCCAUUGGUUUUGCAGCUGUUUAAUUCAAAUACUGAAUGGGGUGAAUUUCUUCAUUGCAGAGGUAAAAAAUUUACAGAUUUUGAUGCUAUUCGCAAGGAAAUUGAAGAUGAAACAGAUAGAUGUACUGGUAGUAACAAAGGAAUUUCAUCACUUCCAAUUAAUUUGAGAGUAUAUUCACCAUAUGUUUUGAAUUUAACCUUAAUUGAUUUGCCUGGGUUAACAAAAGUACCUGUCGGUGACCAGCCUCCAGAUAUUGAAGUUCAAAUUAGAGAAAUGAUUUUAUCAUUUAUUCGGAAAGAAAACUGUCUCAUUUUGGCAGUGACACCUGCAACUCAGGAUUUAGCAACAUCAGAUGCAUUAAAACUUUCAAAAGAAGUAGAUCCAGAAGGAUUACGUACAAUUGGAGUAAUUACCAAACUAGAUCUAAUGGAUGAAGGAACAGAUGCAAAAGAUAUAUUAGAAAAUAAAUUAUUACCACUUCGACGGGGUUAUAUAGGUGUUGUAAACCGAAGUCAAAAAGAUAUUGAAGGUAGAAAAGAUAUCAAAGUGGCUUUGGAUUCAGAAAGAAGGUUUUUUUUAAGUCAUCCAAGUUAUAGGCAUAUGGCAGAACGUAUGGGAACACCAUAUCUUCAAAGAGUUUUAAAUCAACAAUUAACAAAUCAUAUUAGGGAUACUUUACCAAGUUUACGUGAUAAACUCCAAAAGCAGCUGAUUUCAAUGGAAAAAGAUGUAGAUGAAUAUAAGAACUAUCAUCCAGAUGACCCAUCUCGUAAGACAAAAGCAAUGCUCCAGAUGAUUCAACAACUGCAAACUGAUUUUGAACGAAGCAUAGAGGGAUCCGGAUCUGCCUCUAUUAACACUAGUGAAUUAUCUGGUGGUGCUCGAAUCAAUAGAGUCUUUCACGAAAGAUUUCCUUUUGAAAUUGUAAAGAUGGAAUUUGAUGAAAAAGAAUUAAGAAGAGAGAUUGCAUUUGCUAUUAGAAAUAUUCAUGGAAUAAGAGUUGGUCUCUUUACCCCAGACAUGGCCUUUGAAGCCAUAGUAAAGAAACAAAUAUCAAAAUUAAAAGAACCUGCUUUAAAAUGUGUAGAUUUGGUGGUUGCUGAACUUGGUAAUGUAGUCAGAAAAUGUGCAGAAAAGAUGAACAGUUAUCCAUCUUUAAGAGAAGAAACAGAAAGAAUUAUCACCAGUCACAUUCGACAGAAAGAACAACAAACAAAAGCUCAAAUCAGUUUAUUAGUUGAAACUGAGUUGGCAUAUAUGAAUACUAAUCAUGAAGACUUCAUAGGUUUUACAAAUGCUCAACAAACAGCAGAAGCAACAACUGGCAAGAGAAAACUUGGAAAUCAGGUUAUUCGUAAAGGUUGGAUGUGUAUUCAUAAUCUCGGGAUAAUGAAAGGUGGUUCGAGAGAUUAUUGGUUUGUACUAACAUCAGAAUCUAUAUCUUGGUUCAAAGAUGAAGAAGAGAGAGAUAAGAAAUACAUGCUGCAAUUAGAUGGUUUACAGAUUAAAGAUGUUGAUCCAGGUUUUAUGUCUCGUCGACAUACUUUUGCUCUCUUCAAUCCAGAUCAAAGAAAUGUUUACAAAGAUUAUAAACAACUGGAAUUAUCUUGUGAAAGUCAAGAAGAUGUAGAUAGUUGGAAAGCUUCAUUCUUGCGUGCUGGUGUUUAUCCAGAAAGAACAACAUCAGAAUUAUCUAAUGGUGAAACUGGCGGUGGAGAAGGAACUACUUCAAUGGAUCCUCAGUUAGAACGACAAGUUGAAACUAUUCGAAAUUUGGUAGAUUCUUACAUGAGAAUUGUUACUAAAACUUUCCGUGAUCUUGUACCAAAAAUUAUAAUGCACUUAACAAUCAAUAAUACAAAAGAUUUUAUAUAUUCAGAGUUGUUGGCUGCAUUAUAUGCAUGUGGAGAUCAGGCAAAACUAAUGGAAGAAUCCGCCGAUGAGGCUCAUAAAAGAGAGGAGACAUUGAGAAUGUACCAUGCAUGUAAAGAAGCAUUACAGAUCAUUGGUGAUGUAUCAAUGCAAACCUCAUAUCAACCAUUACCACCUCCAAUAAAAGAUGAUUGGCUAAAAAUACAACCUCCUGAAUCACCACGGCCAUCUUCACCUUCACCGGGUAGUGGUAGAAGAAAUCCUGGUGGAUCUAGAGCACCGCCGCCACCACCCUUGGCAUCGCGUCCCGCUCCGGGACGUCCAGAUCCAUCUGGACCGAAUCGACCGCCUCCGGCUGCUCCGCCAAGGCCCAUUAGUUCAGGUGGACUUCCACCACCAUUAAUUCCUUCUCGCAGUCCCAGUGGAAAUGCUCCUUCUAUACCACCUCGAACAUAAACCAUCUAUGUAAUCAAUGGGAUUUUGGAUGUCUGAUUUCCUCUCUGGCUAACCUUAUGUUAUUCAUAAUUGCAGUUGGCUUAUGCCAUCAUUGUUAUAUACAUCACAAAAUUGGUGUUUGUUAUUCUCACAUAAUUCCUUAAGUUGGUUCUAGUUUAUAGUCUGUUAUCACAAAACAUAUAUAUGAUAUAUAUAUAAACUUAUAUAUAAAUGAUUCAAAUAUGAUGUUAUAGAAAUAGCUGAUGUUGUAUAUUAUAUAUAAAUAAAUAUAUAUAUAUAUAAUACAUACCAUAAAAAUGAUAUAUAAUGCGACCUACGAAACAUUUAGUUAGGUCUUUAAAAAGGAUUUAAAUUAUUGUAUUUAGUGGACGAAAGAUCACUGUAUAGUAAUUAUGUAUAAAGUAUAAAGUUAAAUAUUGAGAGCAGCUGUUACUUUCUGCUACUUGCAGAAAUUUGUGUUCUUUCCCCCUCUAUUUCUCUGUAUCUCUCUCUCACUCAGUGUGCUUUGGAGCAUAUUUAUUUCCUUUAAAUGCAUGUUUUUUUUGCCAUUGGGACUGUAGUGGUGCUUUUAUUUUUGGUUUAUUUGAUGUCGUUUGAUGAUGAUUAGCAAAUACUACUACUAUUUUUUAUUGUCUCCACUAGGAAUUUUAUUUCUAGAAGCAGAAUGUGAUAUAGAUAAUAGUGCAUGUACAAUUGGAAGUGAAGUUUUCGGAUUGCAUCGCUAGAAUGCUUUAAGUAUAUUAUUAUUAUUGUACUAGAUAGCAUGAUUCUACCAUUAGAUAAUUUUAAUUAUAAAAAAAAAUCAAUUUAAAAGCAUUAGAUAAAUUAAAGCAUGAUUACUGUAGUGAACAGAAGUACCUUUUGCCUUUCCUUCUGUAGGCGUCCUGUUCCUAAUCUUCCUCCUCCACGUAUUCCUGAUAGACCGCAGGUACCCACCAGACCCAAUUAGAAGAGAGAUUCACGGCUGGUAUAUUCCAUUAUUGAUAAAUUGUUCAUUUUUUUAUCAUCAAUUCAUGAAAUCAUUUUUGUUAGCUGCACAAAAAAAAAGUGAAUAAAAAUUCACCUGUAAACAGUUGUAAAAUUUAAUGUAACAUGAAAUGUUAAGUUGAUUAAUGAAAUGCUUGUAAAUAUUUGAAUUUAUCAGUCAUAGUUGAUACAAUACACUGCGUUAAAAAUUUGUUAAACUUACAAAUGCCAAGAUCCUAUGUGAUAACAGAAGAAACAACGUGGUGAUACCGAAUAAGAAGAAAAUGUUAAAUCCAAAGUAUUGUUUCGUGUCUCUUAAAAUUGGUUUUUGAAAUUAAAAUGUAGAUACUUUAAAAAAACUGCAAGCUUUAAGGUAAAAUUCUUCAUAAGUUAUAAAGUAAAUAUUCUAUUCUAACCAAUAUUUGAUUUAAUAUUGUAUUUAUAUAUUUAUCUUUACCAGAAACAAUAUAUUUUAAUGCAUGAUAAUAUCAUUCAAAGUUGAUACUGUGCAAAUCUUUUUCUAAUUUUAUACACUUUUUUGCUGUUUGGAAAAAAAUACUUUGUACAAUAAAUGUGAUGUAUACAUGUAGCUAUAAAUAUGGUGUAUUUCACUGCCAUUAUUGAAAGAUAUAUUCUGUUCAAAUCAGUAUUCUACAGUAUCAGAACUUUCAAAAAUAUAUUAUAAAAAUGUUCGAUGUAUAUUGUAUUUUUCUGGUAUAGCCAAGUUUCUCGACCACAUAUCCUUUGUUGUAUGAUAGAGAAGCAAGCGAUCAUUCCAAGAAUAAAAUAGGGAUUUUUUUUUUAAUUCUUGGCAGAGAGUUGUGUACAGAAGCAUUAGUGUAAAGACUGAAAAUUGAUUGUAUAUGUGCAAUAAAAUAAUUCAAUCUUCAUUGUAA